GGAUCCACUCAUGAACGCAUUUGGUGACAUUUUGGAGCAAAGAUCACUCCAAUUUCCACGCGGAUUUGAACAACAAUACCCCACAAAUUCAAAAGUUGAAGCGGAGACUUGGAAUUCCAAAGGAGACUCCACUCUAUGACGCAUUCAAAUCCCUCAAAGAUGUUCGACCAAAUCCAUGUUGUCACUCAAGUCUUCGUCCUCGUCUUCGCCUUCCUUUACAAUCCAUCACUCUUUUCUUCACUUCACACCAUUUUCUUUCCCCCUUAAAUUCCAAACGCAUUUCCUAAAUUCCCCCUUCUUUGUUUCCUUCUCAAUCGUCUUCCACCAUUUGCCUCAUUAUCACUGGAAAUGAGGCGUUUAGUGCAAAUUUUGUAUACCCUUUUCCCUUUCUUCUUCAUUUCUAACUUCCCCAUUGUGAAAUCUGAGCUCUCCACCACUCAAUAUGCUACCAUGGUGGAGCUUUCUCGGCUUCUCCGUUUUUGGGAUGUUAACAAGGAGCCGAAUCUGUGUUCGUGGAAGUGGAUUGGAUGCAAUUCUGAUAAUUCCUCUGUUACUCAUAUUUUUCUUUCUGGGUCUUCUCUUUCUUCCGACAACUUUUUGCCUGUUGUUUGCCAGAUUGAUACUCUACUGGCACUUGAUGUCUCACAGAACGGAUUGAAUCGUAUUCCGGAGCAGUUCAUCAAAGAUUGUGGAGUAAUUUCUGGGUUGAGAUUGCUGAAUUUUAGCAGCAACAGGUUAGAUGGUUCUUUGCCUACAUUUGUUGGUUUUAAAAGGUUGGAAAUCUUGGAUUUAUCUAUCAAUUCCAUGAAUGGCAGUGUUGGUUGGCAGUUGGAUGAACUGGUUAGUCUUAAAUGUUUGAACCUUAGUUCAAAUAAUUUCAGUGGCCCUGUUCCCGCUAAAAUUGGAAGUAACAAUGCCUUAGAACAGCUUCAGCUCUCUAAGAAUAAAUUUCAGGGGACAAUCUCAGAAGUUAUCACUAAUUAUAUGAACUUGACUUUUAUAGAUCUCAGUGCAAAUGAUCUUUCCGGGUCUCUUUCUUUGCAAAUUGGGAGCCUCUCCAAGUUGGAGUUUCUGACUCUAUCUGCAAACAAUUUUGAUGGAGAAAUUCCAGAAAAUGUUUCAAGAAUUAGCUCUCUUGUGAGGUUUGCAGCUCACCAAAAUAGGUUUAUUGGUAACAUUCCUAAUGGGAUUACAAAUUAUGUCAAGAGUUUAGAUCUUAGUUACAAUAAUUUGAGUGGUUCCAUUCCAGUAGACCUCUUAUCCAAACCUCAAUUAGAGACAGUAGAUUUGUCUCAGAAUAAGUUAGUGGGGCCAAUUCCUGGAGAUUUAUCUUCUAGUUCUAACUUGGUUAGGUUGAGAUUGGGAAGCAAUAUGUUGGAUGGGACAAUCCCUAAAACAUUAGGAAAUCUUCAGAAACUGAUGUACUUGGAAUUAGACAAUAAUAAGCUGACUGGUGUAAUACCUAAUGACUUGGGAGCUUGUAAGAGUCUUUUGCUGUUGAAUUUGGCCCACAAUAACUUAUGGGGCAGACUUCCAACGCAGUUUGGGAAUCUUCAAGGUCUUCAAGCCUUGAUACUUGAAUCCAACAACCUGUCUGGAGAAUUUCCAUUAGAAAUUAUGCAACUUAAAAAUUUGACUGUUUUAAAUAUUGGUUGGAACUCUCUUAAUGGUUCGAUACCUUCUUCAAUCUCAGUCUUACAGAAGCUUGUUAAGUUGAAUUUACAGGGUAACUAUUUCUCUGGUGUGAUACCUGAUACGAUUGGCAGCAUGAGUUCAUUGUUGGAACUCCAACUGGGUAGAAACCAACUAGCUAAUCCAAUUCCAAAAAUGCCUGAGAAUUUGGAUAUUGCUUUGAACCUAAGCAACAAUCAUUUUGAAGGCCUGAUUCCAAACUCUUUUCGUAUACUUACUAAAUUGUUAGUGUUGGACCUCUCGAACAACCGGUUUUCAGGUGAGAUUCCUCCAUUUCUGGUUCAGUUGUUAUCCUUGACCGAACUGAAUCUUACUAACAAUCAGCUCUCUGGCGUUAUUCCACCAUUUAGGAAUUGGGUUUUGCUUGGCAUAGAAGGAAACCCAAAUCUUAUUAAUGAGUCUACAUUUGACACUCCAUUUGAAAAGAAGAGAAAACCGAGAAAACCGAUCGUUGUGGCCAUCAUUGUUGUGGUUGUAGCUUUGUUUAUUUCUGCUGCAUUGGUAUUUUUCAUUAUCGUCAUGUGGCGACAUAAUUGGAAGGGUAAUACCCAUGAAUCUCAAGUAGAAGAUGCUCCUACGACAACGUUUAUUCAGUGUAAACUAUUGUCUCUUAGCGUCAUCCACCGCUCAAAUAUUGACUUUGCUGAAGCCAUGAAGGCAGUUUCUGAGUCAUCUAACAUUAAUGUGAAAACUCGGUUAUCUGCUUACUACAAAGUUGUCAUGCCGUGCGGAUCAAACUAUUUUGUCAAGAAGCUCAAGUGGAGUGACAAAAUAUGUCAGCCAGAAAGUCAUGAUAAGUUUGGAAAACAACUGGAGGUCCUUGGGAGACUUAGUAAUUCAAAUAUCAUGACACCUCUAGCUUACGCUUUGACUACUGAAAGUGCUUACCUUUUCUUUGAAUAUGCUCCCAAAGGCACUCUUUUUGAUGUUCUCCAUGGUGGCUCGGGAAACAUCCUUGAUUGGUCAAGUCGAUACAGCAUAGCCAUAGGAGCAGCUCAGGGUCUCACGUUUCUGCACGGGUGUGCAUCUGGCCCUGUACUUCUCCUUGAUUUAUCAAGUAAAAGCAUUUUUCUCAAGUCCCUCAAGGAGCCUCAAAUUGGUGACAUUGAGCUUUGCAAGGUGAUCGAUCCCUUGAAGAGCACUGGAAGUCUUUCAAUGGUAGCUGGUUCUGUUGGCUAUAUACCUCCAGAGUAUGCUUACACAAUGAGAUUAUCAGCAGCUGGCAACGUCUACAGUUUCGGUGUGAUUUUACUUGAGUUACUAUCAGGAAAGACAGCAGUGAGUGAGGGAGCGGAGUUCGCAAAAACUGUGCUAAGUUACCACUCCAAGCAACAUCAGAAAUGGGAGCUGCAAAUUCUGGAUAAUAGUAUCAGCAGAACAUCAUCCUACGUCCAAAGCCAGAUGGGAGCAGUCCUUAAAGUAGCCGUUUCAUGUGUAUCGCCUUCACCUGAAGACAGGCCAAAAAUGAAGACGGUACUUAGAAUGCUCCUUAAUGCAAGAUAAUCCAAGAGUGCUCCUUCCUACUACCAAAUAUGGACUGGAAAGUAGAUGCAGCGUCUUCCAUGUAUGAGGUGAUAAUCUUAAUUCUUACCUCUACUUAUUUAGUUUGUGAUAAUAAUAAUUGACAUGCUGCUAGGUUUAAGCAUCUAUUUCAUGUAAGAUGUAAACCGACAGAAUAGAAAUGUGAUGAAUCUUAUGUUGUAAUAUGAUCGAGUUUGUUUACGUAUAGAUCAAAAAAUAAGUAUAAGUAUAUAAAUAAGUGUUUGAAGGCCUACCCUUCUUUUCUAUCCUUAA